GAUCCUGCCCAAGCUGGAGUGGCUUCCCCAGCCGCCCCUGGGACCGGGAAGUCGAAGCUGGAAAUACUGCCCAAGGAAGAUCUCAUCAAGUUUGCCAAGAAGCAGAUGAUGCUAAUACAGAAAGCUAAAUCAAGGUGUACAGAAUUGGAGAAAGAAAUUGAAGAACUCAAAUCAAAACCUAUUGCUGGAGAAGCUGAUGAUAUUAUUAAGGCAUUGACUAAACGUCUAGAUGGUAUUCUUCUGGAAAAAGCAGAGACGGAGCAACAGUGUCUUUCUCUGAAGAAGGAAAACAUUAAAAUGAAGCAAGAGGUUGAGGAUUAUGUAACUAAGAUGGAAGAUAUGCAUGAGAUUGAACAGUCACACAGAAACUAUGUGAAAGAAAUUGAAAAUUUGAAAAAUGAAUUGAUGGCAGUAUACUCCAAACACAAUGAAGAUAAAGCUAGCUUACAAAAGGACCUGGAAGAGGCAAUGAAUAAGCAAUUCGAGCUUUCAGAGCAACUUAAAUUUCAUAGUAACUCUGAAGAUAAUGUUAAAAAACUACAAGAAGAGAUUCAGAAGAUGAGACCAGCCUUUGAGGAACAAAUUUUAUAUCUGCAAAAGCAGUUAGAAGCUACCAUUGAUGAAAAGAAGCAAACAGUUACUCAUCUCCAAAAUGUUAUUGAAACAAAUUACCAAAAAGAUAUUAGUAGUUUGCAUGAAGAGCUUUCACAGCUGAAAGCUACACACCAAGAAGAGGUGAAAGAGUUGAUGUGCCAGAUUGAAGCAUCAGCUAAAGAACAUGAAGCAGAAAUAAGUAAGUUGAAUCAGCUAAAUGAAAACUUAGUAAAACAACGUGAGGCAAGUGAGACGAACAUUCAGGAGAAAUGUGAAUAUGAAUUCGAAAAUUUAAGGAAAGCCACCUCAGAUGCAAGCCAAGAUAAUAAGAUGUGUUCUGUGCUCUUACAAGAAAAUAUUUUUGUAGAACAAGUAGUAAAUGAAAAAGUCAAACACUUAGAAGAUACCUUAAAAGAACUGGCAUCUCAGCAUAGUAUCUUAAAAGAUGAGGUAACUUACAUGAAUAAUCUUAAGUUAAAACUUGAAAUGGAUGCUCAGCAUAUAAAGGAUGAGUUUUUUCAUGAAAGAGAAGACUUAGAGUUUAAAAUCAAUGAAUUAUUACUGGCUAAAGAAGAACAGGGCUGUGUCAUUGAAAAAUUAAAAUCUGAGCUAGAAGAUUUAAAUAAACAGUGUUGCUGUACUGUAGAGCAGCAUAACAAAGAAGUACACAGACUUAAGGAACAACAUCAAAAAGAAAUAUCAGAGCUAAACGAGACAUUUUUGUCUGAUUCAGAAAAAGAAAAAUUAACAUUAAUGUUUGAAAUACAAGGUCUUAAGGAACAGUGUGAAUACCUACAGCAAGAAAAGCAAGAAGCAAUCUUAAAUUAUGAGAGUUUGCGAGAGAUUAUGGAAAUUUUGCAAACGGAACUUGGAGAAUCUGCGGGAAAAAUAAGUCAAGAGUUUGAAUCAAUGAAGCAACAGCAGGCAUCUGAUGUUCAUGAACUUCAGCAGAAGCUUCGAACUGCUUUUACUGAAAAAGAUGCUCUUCUUGAAACUGUGAAUUGUCUCCAGGGAGAAAAUAAAAAGUUAUUAUCUCAACAAGAAUUAGUACCAGAACUUGAAAAUACCAUAAAGAAUCUUCAGGAAAAGAAUGAAGUGUACUUCCUUCAUCUCAAUCAGAGAGAUACCAUGUUGCAAGAAUUAGAAGCAAAGAUAAGUUCUCUUACUGAGGAAAAAGAUGAUUUCAUAAAUAAACUAAAAAAUUCUCGUGAAGAAAUGGAUAAUCUCCAUAAAAAAUGUGACAGGGAAGAAAAAUUGAUUAUGGAACUUAGGGAAAAAGUGGAGCAAACUACCCAGUAUAACAGUGAACUAGAACAAAAAGUAAAUGAAUUAGCAGGAGGACUAGAGGAGACCUUAAAAGAAAAGGAUCAAAAUGACCAAAACCUAGAAAACCUUAUGGUUCAAAUGAAAACUCUCACUGAAGACCAGGAAGCUUUGUCAUCUGAAAUAAGGUCUCUUUCUGAGGAAAACAGUAGACUAUGUUCAGAAAAGAACCAGUUGAGUAGGGAUUUGGAAGUUCUGUCUCAAAAAGAAGGAGAUAUUAUCCUUAAAGAGCAUAUUACUGAAUUAGAAAAGAAACUUCAGUUAGCAGUUGAAGAGCGAGAUAAUUUAAAUAAACUAUAUGAAAAUGAGAAAGUUCAUAAGUUAUAUGUCAAAACUCAGUUGUAUGGUUUUCUUAAAGAAAUGGGGUCAAAUGUUUCAGAAGAAAAUGAAGAGCAAGAUGUUGUAAAUGUCCUGCAGGCUAUAGGUGAAUCCUUAGCAAAAACCAAUGAGGAAAAACACAACUUGGUGUUUCAGUAUGAUGAAAGAGUGACAGAAUUAGAUAAAGAGAUUAAGUGCCUUCAAGAAGAGAAUGUAGUUCAAUGUGAAGAACUUCGGGCUUUAUUGAGAGACUGUGGGCAAGAGAAAGUUCUGUUAAGGAAAGAGUUAGAAGAAAUCCAGUCAGAAAAGGAGGCCCUGCAGGUUGAUCUUCUAGAAAUGAAGACUGUUAAUGAAAAAACAAGACUUGAACAUCAGAAUCUUUUAGUUCAAGUUGAAGAAGUCUCUCAGACAUUACAUAGCAAAAAUGAAAUCCAUGAUGAAAAAGAAAAAUGUUUUAUAAAGGAACAUGAAAACCUAAGUCCGUUACUGGAACAAAAAGAAUCUGAAUUGCAAAAUGUGAGAGCAGAGUUGAUAUCAUUAAAGGAUUCCUUGGUGAAAUCACCUUCCAUAAAAAAUGAUCAAUACUCUUCAAUAAAAGAGCUGGAAGAAAAAAUAGGAAAUCUGGAAAAAGAAUGCAAAGAAAAGGAGGAGAAAAUAAAUAAGAUAAAAUUAGUUGCCGUGAAGGCAAAGAAAGAACUAGAUUCCAGCAGAAAAGAAGCCCAGACUAUAAGGGAAGAACUUGAAUGUGUUCGGUCAGAAAAGGAUCAGUUGUCUGCUUCCAUGAGAGACCUCAUUCAAGGAGCAGAAAGCUAUAAGAAUCUUUUAUUAGAAUAUGAUAAACAAUCAGAGCAGUUGGAUGUGGAAAAAGAACGUGCUAAUAAUUUUGAGCAUCAUAUUGAAGACCUUACAAGACAAUUAAGAAAUUCGACUUUGCAGUGUGAAAAAUUCAGUUCUGAUAAUGAAGAUCUCCAGGCUCGUAUUGAGACACUGCAGUCUAAUGCCAAGUUAUUAGAAGUUCAGAUUUUAGAAGUCCAGAGAACCAAAGCAAUGGUAGACAAAGAAUUAGAAGCUGAAAAACUUCAGAAAGAACAGAAGAUAAAGGAACAUACCAGUAUGGUAAAUGAACUUGAAGAACUUCAGGUACAACUUCAGAAAGAAAAGAAGCAACUUCAGAAAACCAUGCAAGAAUUAGAGCUGGUUAAAAAGGAUGCCCAACAAACCACAUUGAUGAAUAUGGAAAUAGCAGAUUAUGAACGUUUGAUGAAAGAACUAAAUCAAAAGUUAACUAAUAAAAACAGCAAGAUAGACGAUUUGGAGCAAGAAAUAAAAAUUCAAAAACAGAAACAAGAAAAUCUACAAGAAGAAAUAACUUCACUGCAGUCUUCAGUACAACAAUAUGAGGAAAAAAAUGCCAAAAUCAAGCAAUUACUUGUGAAAACCAAAAAAGAACUGGCAGACUCAAAGCAAGCAGAAACUGAUCACUUAAUACUUCAAGCAUCUUUAAAGGGUGAGCUGGAGGCAAGCCAGCAGCAAGUAGAAGUCUAUAAAAUUCAGUUGGCUGAAGUAACAUCUGAGAAGCACAAAAUCCAUGAGCACCUGAAGACCUCUGCGGAACAGCACCAGCGCACACUGAGCGCGUACCAGCAGAGAGUGACAGCGUUGCAGGAGGAGAGCCAUGCGGCCAAGGCAGAACAAGCUACUAUAACCUCUGAAUUCGAGAGCUACAAAGUCCGAGUUCAUAACGUUCUAAAACAACAGAAAAAUAAAUCUGUGUCUCAGGCUGAAACUGAGGGAGCUAAACAAGAAAGGGAACAUCUGGAAAUGCUGAUUGAUCAACUAAAAAUCAAAUUACAAGAUAGCCAGAAUAACUUACAGAUCAGUGCAUCUGAACUUCAAACAUUACAGACUGAACAUGAUACUCUCCUAGAAAGGCACAACAAGAUGCUGCAGGAAACCGUAUCCAAAGAGGCAGAACUCCGGGAAAAACUGUGUUCAAUACAGUCAGAGAACAUGAUGAUGAAGUCUGAACAUGCACAGACUGUGAGUCAACUAACAUCCCAGAACGAGGUUCUUCGAAACAGCUUCCGAGAUCAAGUGCGACAUUUGCAGGAAGAGCACAGAAAGACGGUGGAGACUUUACAGCAGCAGCUCUCCAAGGUGGAAGCACAGCUCUUCCAGCUCAGGAACGAACCCACCGCAAGAAGCCCAGCUUCUUCCCAUCAAGCUUCGAAGAACCUUCGAGAAAGGAGAAACACAGACCUUCCCCUUCUGGACAUGCACACUGUGACCCGGGAAGAGGGAGAAGGCAUGGAGACGACGGAUACUGAGUCUGUGUCUUCCGCUAGCACGCACACACAGUCUUUAGAGCAGCUGCUUAAUUCUCCUGAAACUAAACUUGAGCCUCCUUUAUGGCAUGCUGAACUCACCAAAGAAGAAUUGGUUCAGAAGCUCAGUUCCACCACAAAAAGUGCAGAUCACUUAAAUGGCCUUCUUCGGGAAACGGAAGCAACCAAUGCCAUCCUUAUGGAGCAGAUUAAGCUUCUCAAAAGUGAAAUAAGAAGAUUGGAAAGAAAUCAAGAACGAGAAAAGUCCGUAGCUAACCUGGAAUAUUUGAAGAAUGUCUUGCUACAGUUCAUUUUUCUGAAACCAGGUAGUGAAAGAGAGAGGCUUCUUCCUGUUAUACAUACAAUGUUGCAGCUCAGCCCUGAAGAAAAGGGAAAACUUGCUGCAAUCGCUCAAGGUGAGGAAGAAAAUGUUUCCCGUUCUUCCGGAUGGGCGUCCUAUCUGCACAGUUGGUCUGGACUUCGAUAGACUGUUGGAAAGAAAAGUUUGAUUAAGCAAAUAGAAUCCAUUU